CAAUAAUAAUUAAAUCCGAAUUCAGCGACUCCUUCUUCGUUUCCAUGUUCUUCCCACUCCCCGAUUGAUUCACGCACCUCUUCCAUUUCCUCUCUCUCUCCUCCAUCGAACCUUCCUCUCGCCCUCAUUCGUGAUCCGACGAUCUCCUGUGUGUAAAUCGCAGGCCGGGGAGGUCUGAUUCCUGCUUAAAUUAUUAUCCGGGAGCUCGUCGAUUUCCGGAAUCGGAUUAGGGUUUUCUUUUUUUUUCCUUCGGUCUUUGAUUUGGAGGGACGACGUUCGGGGGGUUGUUGGGUUGAUUUGCUUUUUUCCCAUCGAGGUAUGGGGUUGAAGGGCGACGACGACGUGGCGGUCGACGAUGGCGAUGGCGGAGGCAGGUCCGUGUCUUGCUCCAUUUGCCUCGAGGUCGUCACCGACAAUGGGGAUCGGUCGUGGGCCAAGCUUCAAUGCGGUCAUCAGUUCCAUUUAGAUUGCAUUGGUUCUGCAUUCAAUUGCAAGGGCGCAAUGCAGUGCCCAAACUGCCGGAAGACUGAGAAGGGACAAUGGCUCUAUGCUAGUGGUUGUCGUUCACUUCCCGAGUUUAGCUUGGAUGACUGGGCCCAUGAGGAGGAUCUCUAUGACUUAAGUUAUUCUGAGAUGACCUUUGGGGUUCACUGGUGUCCAUAUGGGCAAUUAGCAAGGCUGCCUUCUUUUGAUGAAGGGGAAAUUUCAGCACCUGCAUAUAAUGAUCUCCGGGUGCAUCAUGCUAUGUUUUCUGAGCAAUCUUCUGUAUCAUCUGCUGCUCAUCCCUGCCCGUACAUCGCUUAUUUUGGACCAAUACACCCCUCCACAUCUAGUUCGAAUGGGAGCAUCCCAGAUGGUACAAACUUUAGUAAUCCUUGGAAUGGCCCAUCAUUACCUAGUGAAGUACCGAAUUCUUAUGCCUUUCCCACCAUGGAUGUUCAAUUUCAUAGCUGGGACCAAUCUCCUUUCUCUACCAGCAGCAGGCGUAUUGGUAAUGCUGAUCAACCUUCAAUUCCGCCUACUACUGUUCAGCGGUCCUCUAGGACAAGCUCUGACAUAACAAGACCAGCUUCGUUUAUGCAUCCAUUCCUUGUUGGCCCCAGUUCUGGGGCUAGAUCUGGGGGCUCUGUACCAUCAUCGCUGAUUCCUUCCUAUCCGGGCAGUAAUCCUCGAGGUAGAAAUAGAGGCCAAGCUCCGCAGGCAUUCUACCAGCAACAACCUAGUCAUUCUCGUACGCCAAUUGCUCCUGGGACUCGGCGAUCUACAACUCAUAGAGGAAUGAGUCACAUGGGUUCAGUGGCCUCAUCGUCAUCAGAACAGAGCAACGGCUUCUAUUUCAUUCCAGCAAGUUCCUCAGGCCCAAACUUCCAGGAACCUGAAAACCCUGUGUCAGCUCGGUUUCAUGCAUGGGAGAGGGAUCAUUUGCAGUCAUUCCAACCGAGCCAGGUUGAUAGAGAGUCCAUCUGGCAUUUCCACCAGCCAGCAGGUGGAUCAGAAUCAGGCAUCAGGUCCAACAGCUUCCGCCUAAGGCAUGGGUCUGAGAGGACUCCUCACUCAUAAACGCUGUCCCUUUUCCCCGGUGAAGCUAAAACUGCAAGUACUAUGACUCAGAACUGAUAUGUAUGCUUAACAAUACUUCAUGCUUGCUGUCUGUGAGUCCUGUUCCGAUCAGACUCAAUCUGUGGAGUGGCCGAGAAAAAAACAAUCUUUUGGUAGCCACAUCCACGAGGUGCCGUGGUGGACUGUUUAAGUUUCUUUAAAUACUCUUAUUAUUCAAGAUCUGCCAAAAGGAAAAUGAGAUAAAGCUCUGUGAAUGCCCGGACCUAAUCCCCAGAAAUUUCCAGCCCAAUCACGGAGUCCAGGAAGCAUUUUUUUGGUAUGAAGUGGUAACUGUCAUACUAGUCAAACUUAUGUCAAUUUGGGUGGGCAUCGAUGCUAGAUCCAUCCCA